AUAUCUGAUUUUGGCCUGGCCCGAUGGAACGGCCUGUCACGGGCCGAUGACAUCAGCAGAGACGGCUUCUGUGGCACCAUUGCGUAUCUGCCGCCCGAGAGCAUCAUAGAGAAGGACAGAGUGUCGGACACCAAGCAUGACAUUUACAGUUUUUCCAUUGUGAUCUGGGGUAUUCUCACACAGAAGAAACCUUACCAAGGAGAAAACAGUAUCCUGCAGCUCAUGGUGAAGGUGGUGAAAGGGGUUCGUCCUGACUUGAAUGCAAUCCCACGAAGCCGACCGUCUGCUUGUGCAGGUUUCCUGAGCCUCAUGCAGCGCUGCUGGGCCACAAACCCAAGCGACAGACCCUCAUUCCAGGAAAUCACAUCAGAAGCAGAGGAGCUCUGUUCUAAACCUCAAGAUGAACCCAAGACCCCGAGGUUAUCAUCAUCAUCAGAGCAGGAGCCCAUGUCCCCACACCCACUCACCAACGACCAGGGUAAUGUCAACAAACCGGUGCGCCCAAAGUCCGCCAUGUUGCCGGAGAAAGACUGCAGUCUGUCAGAGCUGCUGAGCCAGGUGGAUUCUGGGAUUUCUAGGAGCUUCGAUCGAGUGAAGGAGGACAGCUGCCACAGCAAGGAGAGCACGACUAAGAGACUGUCUGGAAUCUCCUCCGCAGACUCCGCCUUCUCCUCCCAGGACUCCAUCACCCUGUCCUUUGAGAAAGAAAACACAGUUGAUUCUGCUGAAGUCCAGAAGAGGAAGCUUUGUGAGGCCAUCAAGAAUAAAGACACCGCCAAGCUGAUGAAGAUCCUCCAGCCUCAGGAUGUUGACCUUCUCCUGGAUGGAGGCGGCAGCUUGCUGCACCUCGCCGUCUCCCUGGGAAACGAGGAGGCAGUGAAGUUCCUGCUCCUGAACCAUGCCAGUGCCAACCUUGCAAAUGCACAUGGCUCCACGCCCCUCCACCUGGCUACAGAGAAACACCAGAAGUCUCUGGCUGAGCUUCUGUUGAACCGACGCAGCACCAACGUGAACGCCAGAGACGAAGACCAGUACACGGCUUUACACUGGGCGGCGCAGAACGGAGACGAAGCCAUGACUCGACUACUGCUGGACCGGGGAGCGGCCAUCAAUGAGACUGAUGGCCAGGGACGCACUCCGGCUCAUGUGGCGUGCCAGCACGGCCAGGAGAACGUGAUCAGGGUGCUGCUGAGUCGCAGUGCUGACGUUCAAAUCAAGGGCAAGAACAACUGGACUCCCCUGCACUUCGCUGCCUGGCAAGGGCACCUGGGUAUCGUCAAGCUGCUGGUCAAGCAGGCCGGUGCCGAUGUGGAUGGCCAAACCACAGAUGGCCGCACACCUCUGCACCUGGCAUCCCAGAGGGGGCAAUACCGAGUGGCACGGAUCCUGAUCGAGCUAGGAGCAGAUGUCCGCGUGAUGUCAGCCGAGUUAAACACGGCGCUACAUGUCGCCGCGGAAACCGGCCACACCAGCACCUCCCGUCUGCUGAUUAAACACAAGGCAGAUCCAAAUGCCCGGAAUGGUCACGGACUCACACCUCUCCACCUAGCCUCGCAGCAGGGCCACCUGGCCACAGUCAAAAUGUUGAUUGCAGAGGGGGCGGACCCUUGCCUUCUUGACCAUUCCCUACAUACCCCCUGCCACCUGGCGGCAGAGAGCGAACACAGCGAAGUCCUGAAAGAGCUGCGGCUUCACUGUCCGGACGGUGGCGCUCUCUUGGAUCAGGAAGGACUCGGCCCGCUGCACCUGGCAACACAGGGGUGUGUCUCUAACCUCCGUACGACACCGCUGCCGCAAGCCUGCCACGACUCCGCUCCAGAGAGCACGGAGCAGCCCGCAGCUGAGGAACCCACUGCACAAGAAGUCCGGCAUCUCCCGAGGAAAGUGCUCAUUCUCAAACUGACAGAGCACAAGGACAAGCACUGCCCACAGCCCCCCAGCUCGGACUGCGUUUCUGCACCCUGCUAACACAACAAGACACAGACUUGUACAGAGCUGUGGGUUCCUACGCAGCCCGGAGCAGAUGGAAUUUGAAUUUAGUCUUUUCCACAUCUGCCUUAGUAUUUAUACAAGAAAACAGUC